AUGAGCAACAAUAACUGGUACUCAUUUCCGCAAUUCCGACCUUCUCGCGAGCAAGUCCGAGCUUGGCAUGAGACAAACUUGGACUGGCACAAGGAUGCUCUCGCUAAGGCUGUUCGGGAUUACGUCGGUGAACCAGCGAAGAAAGAAAAGAUCUUUGAGGCACAUAAACUCGCGGUGCUAGCGAAAAAUUCGAACAUGAUCUUCUACCUCGCUAGCAUCUACCCCAAGCCUGGAUACCCGAAACAUCCCGAUUGGCAACCUCAACCGCCGAGAGAUCGAGCGCAAAUGACCAACAAGCAGAGAAACAAGCAAGAUAGAACUUACAUGAACUUCGAUUUUCAUUUGCUUAAUUUUCCAACAGAAGCGCAGCUCAAGGCAGAAAAAGAAGCGCGGGCUAAAGAGCAAGAAAAGCCAAAAGAAAAAGCGCCCAGGAAACCAUUCCGACCUAUCAAGGAGUUCUUGAAGGAACAAAAAGAAAAGGCCGAAAAAGCCAAAGAAAAGGCCAAGAAGGAAGAAAUCUCUGAGGAAGAACCAGCUACCGAGAAAUCUUCUCCAAAAACGAUGGAGAAAGAAAACGAUAAGAAAAAGAUGCCGGAAAAGACUGUCGAAAAGAAAGAAUAA